GACGAGCUGGUCAUGGAGGAGGAGCGGAGCUUCUCGGAUAUCUGCGGCGGCCGCCUGUCCCUGCAGUGCCGCUACUACUCCCCGUCUUGCCGGGAAUUCUGCCUCAGCUCCCCUCGGCUCUCGUUUCGCUCGCUCACCGCCGUCACCUGCACCGUGUGGCUGGCGGCCUACGGACUCUUCACCCUCUGUGAGAACAGCAUGAUUCUCUCUGCUGCCAUCUUCAUCACCCUCUUAGGCCUGCUUGGUUACCUCCAUUUUGUGAAGAUUGAUCAGGAGACUCUGUUAAUCAUUGAUUCCCUUGGCAUCCAGAUGACUUCAUCCUAUGCUUCAGGCAAAGAAAGCACCACCUUCAUAGAGAUGGGCAAGGUCAAGGAUGUUGUCAUUAAUGAGGCUAUUUACAUGCAGAAGGUGAUUUACUACCUCUGCAUUUUAUUGAAGGAUCCAGUGGAACCACUUGGGAUAUCCGAGGUAGUACCUGUCUUCCAGAGUGCCAAGCCCCGGCUGGACUGCUUGAUUGAAGUAUACAGGAGCUGCCAGGAGAUCCUGGCACACCAGAAAGACACAUCAACAAGCCCAUGAGCCCCAGCGUUCAGAAGGCCAGUAUUAUCUUCCAUGAGAGAUGACUCCUAAGCCAUAGUUGCUGGUUUAUUUUCUGUAUUCUAAAUCAUUGGGUGGACACAGUCCUAGGAACCAGUAUGGAUGGAGUGGAUCUCAGAGCUAUAGAGCAGGUGACUAGAAAUCUAACUCAGAAUAUUUCUGUGUAUUACAGUGUUCCCCUUGUAAGGUUUUGCCUACUUUACUGAGGGGAGAUUAAGAAUUUUGACACAAAAUGUCAAAAGUAAUAUCGGCGAAGGUACAUUGUGAAAUUCCUAAGCACAUUAAAGUUUAUUUUGUGUUGACAUUUGUGGAGCAAGACAAUGAGAAACUGACAUCAGAUCUCUUGGGAAAGGUAUAAUAAUUUCCAACUGCAUAGUACUCCUAUAUAUAAAGUUAAGAAAAAAAAAAGUCUAGCCCUUCAGUUAGCAGGAAGAAAUAUCCUACAAAAGAUUAGUCUCUGUCUCCCUUGCUCCUGUGUUCUGUACAGGGUUAAUUUAUGAUAAUUCUUAAUAAACAGAUCUCCUUCCAAA